AUGUAUACACUACCUGCGUACAUUUUUCUUGCCGUGGCGUUUCUGCUACCGUUAUGGGUUUUUUAUACCAGAUAUGGUCCCUCGGAAUACAAGGGAGCCCCUGCCGGAGAAUCACAAACCGGCGUCUCUGUUCAUAUUCUCGUCCUCGGUGACAUUGGGAGGAGCCCGCGCAUGACAUACCAUGCCCUGAGCAUAGCAAAACAUGGAGGCAAAGUCCAUCUAAUCGGCUAUCUUGAAAGCACGCCACAUCCGGAUCUACUGAACAACCCCAACAUCACUAUUACCGCGCUUCCUCCCCCUCCGCGCUGGCCGCAGUCUGUGCCCUUCAUCUUGUUCGCGCCAUGGAAGGUUAUCCACCAGUUCUACUCCUUGACCAAGCUGCUUUCCUACGGCCUGCCGCCGGCGCAGUGGAUUCUCGUCCAGAACCCGCCGGCCAUCCCCACCUUGGCAGUCGCAGGUUUCAUCUGCUAUCUCCGCGAGAGCACGUUGAUGAUCGACUGGCACAACUACGGAUGGACCAUUCUCGCCGGGACCAAGGGGUCGAGACACCCCCUGGUCUAUGUCUCCAGGCUGUAUGAGAGCCUCUUUGGUCGCCUGGGGUUCGUCCACGUGACGGUAUCUGCUGCCAUGGCGCGCCAGCUCCGGAAGCCCCCAUACAGCAUCAAGUCUGCCAUGAUAGCCCUGCAUGACCGCCCGGCGGCCAUCUUCCAGCCUGUCACCUCCCAGAAAGAGCGCAAAGAGAUCCUCACUCGGGUCAUCCCUGAAAAGAAUCUCGUCCCCCGCCUCCUGGACGGCAGCAUGCGUCUUGUGGUCAGCAGCACGAGCUGGACCCCCGACGAGGACUUCUCGAUCUUGCUCGAGGCGCUGACGCGGUACGCGGCAGGCCCGGGCGAGAAGUCGCCAGUGCUUGCCGUCAUCACCGGGAAGGGGCCCCAGAAGGGGAUGUACGAGAAGAAGAUCCUGGAACUGACCAAGGCCGGCCGCAUGCCCAACGUGAGGGUCACGACGGCCUUCCUCCCGUUUCCCGACUACGCCAAGCUCCUCGCCUGCGCCGACCUGGGAGUCUGCCUGCACACGAGCAGCUCCGGCGUCGACCUCCCCAUGAAGGUGGUGGACAUGUUUGGAGCGGGGCUGCCCGUGGCGGCGUAUUCCGGUUACGAAAGCUUCAAGGAGCUUGUGAAGGAAGGCGAGAACGGGCGUGGGUUCGGGACGGCCGAGGAGCUGGCGGACAUUCUCGGCCAUCUCCUAAGUCCCAGCGGUCAAGCGGAGCUGGGCACGCUCAAGAUGGGGGCCGUCAAGGAGGGAAGCAGACGCUGGGACGAGGAAUGGGAUUCUAAAAUUGGAAUGAUCAUGGGGUUGGUGACGUGA